AUGGCAACACACACCAAUUACGCCACAAGACAACACACACCAAUACCGCCACAAGCCCACGAGAGCUCAAUCCCGAGACUAACAGCCGACGAGCGCUCAAUCCCGAGACUAACAGCCCACGAGAGCUCAAUCCCGAGACUUACAGCCCACGAGAGCCCAAUCCCGAGAUUAACUGCCCACGAGAGCUCAAUCCCGAGACUAACAGCCCACGAGAGCUCAAUCCCGAGACUAACAGCCCACGAGAGCUCAAUCCCGAGACUAACAGCCCACGAGAGCCCAAUCCCGAGACUAACAGCCCACGAGAGCCCAAUCCCGAGACUAACAGCCCACGAGAGCCCAAUCCCGAGACUAACAGCCCACGAGAGCCCAAUCCCGAGACUAACAGCCCACGAGAGCCCAAUCCCGAGACUAACAGCCCACGAGAGCUCAAUCCCGAGACUAACAGCCCACGAGAGCCCAAUCCCGAGACUAACAGCCCACGAGAGCCCAAUCCCGAGACUAACAGCCCACGAGAGCUCAAUCCCGAGACUAACAGCCCACGAGAGCUCAAUCCCGAGACUAAUAGCCCACGAGAGCUCAAUCCCGGGACUAACAGCCGACGAGCGCUCAAUCCCGAGACUAACAGCCAACGAGCGCUCAAGCUUCAAAUGCCACCACAAAAUGCAAAUAGCGAAAUAA